GGUGAGGACAGAUGUCCCAGGGUGUGUGGUGAACAAGAAGUCCUGUUGAGUGGGCUCUGCCCACCCCCUCUGUCUCCGCUUCUAGCCCAGCCUGCCGCCAUGGCUUUAGAUGUGGAAGACAUCAUGUUAUUUCUUGUGACCCUCUACUUGAAGUACUCUGGCCGGGAAGGUGACCCAGAAACCCUAACAAAGCAGGAGCUGAGGGACCUGAUCCUCACAGAGCUUCCAUUUGGUAAGAAGCUGCACCCUGCUGAGUUAGAGUCAUUCUUUGAAGAACUGGACUUAAACAAAGAUAAUGAAGUGAAUUUCGUGGAGUUCAGCACUUUCUUGGGGAGCUUGGUUAGGCUCUACCAAGAUGAACCCAGGAAGGACUUAUGAAUUGGAAAAUCCCCUUCUGGGGGUCCUGAGACAAAUCCAGCUGUAAUUGUACAAUAAAUGU